AUGGCCUCCAGGGAGGAUGCCCAAGAGCUCGAUCGCAAAGAGACCAUGGACAUCCUGUACGAGAUAUCUACGCUCCUCAAUACCGGCUUGAACAAGGAGUCUUUGGAGGCUCUGGUCGGCCUGUGUGAGCUCGGCGUCAAUCCGGAGGCCUUGGCCGCCGCGGUCAAGGAUCUCCGCGCAGAGGCAGCCCGGCUGCGCAGUGACGCCAGCGAGGCUGAACUGAGGAAGGAGUGUCAUUCUGCAUGGAUGGCGCGGAUACAUCGGAACGCCGCCGGGUCGUACAGUUGCUUGCGCAUCGAAAAGUGCUGA